UACAAAAGCUCCAUUAUCCCUCCAGUCCAACAAACUAUUUGUCGUGUGGAAGAAGACCUUCUCUACAAAGUCUUCCUGUUCCUCCUAAAAACUCUCUUCCCUUCUCAAACCCUAACAGCAGACACCCAAUGGGCGAUGCUAUUCUCUCGGAUCACCCACCACUGGAUUCUUCUAACUAUUCUACCGAUGAUUUUGAUUCCCUUGCUAUCCCUCCCCUCGAUCCUAUGUUCCUCUCUGAGCAAUCAUCAGGAGAAAAUUACAAUUUGGUCUCGGAUCUGCAGUUUUCUCUCGAUGAUAAUUAUGAUUUUGACAUCACUUUUGAUGAUCUCGUAGACUUCAAUUUACCCUCCGAUAACGACCACGACCACGGCCACGACCGCUUCUCUAUAGACCCUAAGUCUGCUUCUCCGGAGUUGGGAAUUUCUGGCGAUCAUCAUGUUGCUACGUAUCUGAAUUCCUCCCCUUCGGCUUCCAAUUCUACUACGACUUGUAGUUCAGGUGAUCAAUUGAAUGUUUCCUCUCCGGUGUCCUCUCAAGGCUCUGGAAAUGGCGGAUCGGGUGUUUCUGAUUCGGUUAAUUUCGUGGUUGACCAGAAGGUUAAACUUGAAGAAGAAGGAAGUAAUAGUAAAAAUAAAAACGGCAGCCUUUCAAAGAGGAAAAAAGAGAAUGGCAGCGAAGAUACCAGAAAUCAAAAAUACCGGAGGUCUGAGAAUUCAAAUGCUAAUACGCAGUGCGUGAGCGAUGAGGAUGAGAAAAGGAAAGCAAGGUUAAUGAGAAAUAGAGAGAGCGCGCAGUUGUCUAGACAGCGAAAGAAACAUUAUGUGGAAGAGCUGGAAGAUAAGGUAAAGACAAUGCAUUCGACUAUUGCUGAUUUGAAUUCGAAAAUUUCGUUCUUUAUGGCCGAAAAUGCGACUUUGAGGCAGCAGUUGAGUGGCGGAAAUGGUAUGCGCCCACCUCCUAUGUAUGCGCCUAUGCCAUACCCAUGGGUGCCUUGUGCUCCUUAUGUUGUUAAGGCGCAAGGGUCUCAAGUGCCAUUGGUUCCAAUUCCUAGAUUGAAGUCACAGCAGCCUGUGUCAGCUGCCAAAUCUAAAAAGUCCGACCCUAAGAAAGCUGAGGGUAAGACUAAGAAGGUUGCCAGUGUUAGUUUUUUGGGUUUGUUAUUUUUUGUUUUGCUGUUUGGUGGUUUGGUGCCUAUUGUGAAUGUUAAGUUCGGAGGAGUUGGGGAGAAUGGUGCUAAUGGUUUUGUUAGUGACAAGUUUUAUAAUCGGCACAGAGGCAGGGUUUUGAGAGUUGAUGGACAUUCAAAUGGGUCCCAUGAGAAUGUUGAUGUUGGGUUCUCCACUGGAGAUUUCGACAGUGGUUUUAGAAUUCAAUGUGGGAGAGGUAGGAAUGGAUGUUUAGCUGAGAAGAAAGGACGACUGGAACAUUUACCAGAGGCAGAUGAACUGGUUCGUCGUGGUAAUAAUAGUAAGCCCCUUGCAGCAUCUUUAUAUGUGCCAAGGAAUGAUAAGCUUGUCAAGAUUGAUGGUAACUUGAUAAUCCAUUCUGUUCUGGCCAGUGAGAGGGCUAUGUCCUCUAAUGAGAAUCCUGAAGCAAACAAAAGUAAGAAGACAGGUUUGGCCAUCCCUAGGGAUUUGUCUCCAUCACCAACUAUCCCUGGGCGGUAUUCUCACUUAUAUGGACAUCAUAAUGAAAGGCAGAAGGCCCUUACUUCUGGGUCUUCUGAUACUUUGAACGACCAUAAGAAGUCAGCUGCAGCUGAUGGUAAACUGCAACAGUGGUUUCAUGAAGGUCUCGCUGGGCCACUGUUGAGUUCUGGCAUGUGCAGUGAAGUGUUUCAGUUUGAUGCCUUGCCAACUCCAGGAGCUAUUAUUCCUGCUUCCUCAGUUUCUAAUAUUACAGCAGAGGGCCAGCAGAAUGCUACUAACCACAAGAAAGGGAAAAAUAGAAGGAUUCUCCAUGGUCUUCCAAUUCCCCUGACAGGAUCUGACCUCAAUAUUACUGGAGAACAUGUUGGAAAUUCUCAGAAAGAGAACUUUCAAGGUAAUAAAUCAGUCUCUCCAAUGGUAGUCUCUGUGCUUGUUGACCCCAGAGAAGCUGGCGACAUUGAGGUUGAUGGCGUGAUUGCACCAAAGUCAAUUUCUCGGAUUUUUGUAGUCGUGCUUUUAGACAGUGUGAAAUAUGUUACUUAUUCGUGCGUGCUUCCACGCUCUGGCCCUCAGUUAGUGACAACAUGAGAGUAUAGACAGCAGUUGGAGUUGUGGAUUAUAAACUCAACUCCGCCGCCAGUUUUGUAUAUAACAGGUAACAAAAUAGCAGCUCCGUCAGCAAUUUAACCUCCUAAUUACGCAUACGACUCAAAAGUUGUACUCUAGAACAUUUAACAAGAUCUUAUGUUUAAUGUAUCUUCGGAUUCCAGAA